AUGCAUAGGAGAAAGCAAAGUGUGGUGAGAGAAAUGGAGAAAGAGAUCCAAUACGGUGCGUAUGAUGAUGGUUGCGUUAUGACGGAUGAGCAAAUGGAGAUUCUCCGUAAGCAGAUCGCCAUUUACGCCGUUAUUUCUGACCAGCUCCGUCUCCUCCAUAGUUCUCUCUCUUCUUUCCAUCCUCUCUCAUCAGGAAUGAAUCCAAUGGGAGUCGGAAACUUUGAUCAGAUGGUGGCAUCGUCAAGCGGUCAUAGGAUAUCGACUCGGCAUCGAUGGACUCCAACGUUGACGCAACUUCAGAUUCUUGAGAGCAUUUACGGGGAAGGAAGCGGAACACCGAAUCCACGGAGAGUUAAAGAGAUCGCCACAGAGCUGUCCGAACAUGGAGAGAUCACGGAGAAAAAUGUAUACAAUUGGUUUCAAAACCGACGAGCUCGGUCUAAACGAAAGCAGCCUCAAACGACGACGAUGACUGCAGGUGACCAGGCCGAUGAUACGGCGGCGGCGACUGAGGAGAAGAAGAGUUGUGAAGAUUCUGGAGGGUUUGAAUCUUAUGACCAUAUACUCUUCCCAACUCCCGAUUUAGGGAUUGAGCAUUUGUUGAGUAGUAGAAGUUUUCAGAUGACGUAA